GCCUCCCAGCAAUCCAGCUGGGAGAAAUGAAGGAGCAGGACCUCUGUGCCAAGAGGGAGGAGCGCUCUGGCAGGGUGGGCACUGCAGAGAGGCAGAGCUGCUCGGGAGUGAGCGGAUCCCAUGCUGAUUCCACAGGACAUUCCCUGUCACCCUGCCUCAGCUGGAUGUCUUGAGCCUUCUCUGCUGCAGAGUUGUGGAAGAGUGAGUGUUGGGUGAGAAAACAUAAUUCUGCUUGCUUUUCUUCUCACAUCUCAGGGAGCCCCAUUUCUAUGUCUAUUUUGUUGAAGGAUUUUGACUUUGCUGCUCUGUGAAUAGGUACCCAAAGCAGUGUUUUUUCUUAGGGCACUAGUGGAAGUACUUUGUAGAAAUUAUCACUUUUUUCCAUUAAACUGACCAAUUUACUUUUUUUUUUGAAAGGACAGAAACACAAUACUGACAUGUUCUUCUGAUACGUGCUGCUCUCUGUCAGUGUGGUGGCAAUGUCCAUGUGCUGUUCCUCAAAAAAACAGAUUUAAUUAAUUAAUUAAAGGCUAAUGUAUCAAAGUAGCAACCCUUCUUUAUGUGGAUGAAGAAUACCACAACUGUCUUUUCAAUGGCUGUUGUGAUAGUAUUUAAUGAUGUUGUAUAAGGGCAAUAUCACUAUUUAUAGAGUAUUUUUGUCAUAGAAUCAUAGAAUGGUUUGGGCUGGAAGAGACCUUAAAGAGCAUCUCGUUCCAAGCCCCUUGCAUGGGCAGGGACAUAUUCCACUAGAGCGAGAUAAUUUUUAAAGGCACAAAGUGUUUUUAAGGGCUGAUUUUUGUCCUUUGUAUUCAUGGACUUGAUGAUCUUAAAGGUCUUUUCCAACCUUAAUGAAUCUGUGUUUCUACAGAAAAUAUUUGCACUUCUCUCCUGAAAAUGUAUUCCAGGGAAAAGUCAGGGGCACAGUCAAUUUUGAAAUUUCAAAUGUGCCUAAAAAAAACCCAACCAACCAGCCAAAUCCCAAAAUGUAUGAUUGGGUUUGUUUUUUUUUAAAAAGAGAACUACAAGCUCCCAUGAUUUCUCAUGGAAAAACCUUGAGAUGUUGCACUGGUUGUAAAUAAAGCUUUUUAGAAAUAAGGUGAACAGACUUCAGUCUUUAUUUUUGGACUAUAAAAAUAUUCCAAAAUUUUGUCCUGGGUCAAUGAAGAAAUAUUAUUUGGAAAAUAUUUACACAAAAGCAGUUUGAAAAAAAAAAAAAAAGGGUAUUUAUCCAUAUAAAUGUUUUUUAAAAAAAUCUGUACUUUGUAUAUAUAGCAUCUCAAUUUUCUUUAUAGCUCUGCAAAUCACCCUGCCAUAGAACAUGUUAUGGAUAUUCAGAGCUAGGCAUUGCUGCAUAGUUUAGAUAUUUGUUCUCAUACCUCACCCUGAAAAGACAUUAAGUGAACCCUCAUAGAUGCCCGUGCCCGUACUUAUCCCUAAUGUUGUCUUCUGUGCAAACAUAAGUGGUCUGUGUGUGCUAAAAUAGCUGCACUAGUUGCACAGCACCUGCUGUGCAGGUUAGUGUGUGUUACAUAGCAGCAACACCAAAAUGGAUAGAUGUGUUACAUAGCAGCAGUAUAAAAAUGGAUAUUUUCUAGGCAGGAGUCUUUCUGGGUUCUGAUUUGAAUUCUCUAAGAUAACCAUGUUUAUUCAUCAUAGUUUUUAGAGCAUGAGGCUCUUAAAGAAACACAUAGGUCAUAGGUUGCCAUGGUCAUCCAGAAGGUCACAUCCUUAUAUUUAGAUUACUGGUGUUGUAUGCAACCUAGCACUAUUUUAAAGUGGUUAUUAUUAGGUGUGUUUUUAUGUUAUUGUUUUGUUAGAAUUUCAUUAUUACAGUAGUGCAUUAGAUUCAAAUAGCUUUUCUCUGUUCCCUGUUCUGCUGACCAGCUGCACCUGAACAGCAGUUCAGGACAUGCUUAAAAAAAUGUACCUUUUGUUCUGCGUUCAUGAGGAAAAAGAAUUAGACUGUCUGAUGAGAUGGGACUGAACUGUUGCAAAAAUCCCCAAACAAUGGUGAAUUCUACCUCCUUAAAAAAAAAGUGCAUCUCAUUAGUCCUCUGCUGUCAUUUCCUGCAGGUUAUCAGCUUUAGAGAACUCCUUUGAAGUGUCAUAUAGCUGGUUUUAAAAUAGGAAGAAAUUAUCUUGGAACUUUUGAAGAAUAUUGGCAUUUUUUCUUUAAUGAAUUAGAAGCUGAAAGAAGACAAUAGAAAAAAAAAAAAGUGUCUUGUCUCGCCUCCCUGCUCCAUCAGAACGCUGUCCUUUAGACAAGAUCUUUCAGGGAUACACUGUCUCCUGACUGUUAUGGCUUAUACCAUAGAGAAACACCUAUGAAAAGCUGAGAAAAGCAAUGUUGUUCCACCAGUCUGCAGGCUACUAAAAACUAAGCAUACUGUCAACCUUCAUAGCACCCUUCAAGUACCUGAGCCCUGGCCCAACCACCAUGGAGGAUGAAGACAAUUUAAGUACCAGCAGUGCAGAAGUAAAGGAAAAUCGAAACAUUGGCAACCUGGAGGAUCAUCCAAUAGCAUCCACUGAUAGGGCAAGAGGGGGAACAACUAGCAGUAAAAGGAAAAGACCCUUAGAGGAAGGUAAUAAUGGCCAUUUCUGCAAACUUCAGCUUAUCUGGAAGAAAGUUUCAUGGUCAGUGACGCCAAAGAACGCUCUGGUUCAGCUACACGAACUCAAACCAGGAUUACAAUAUAAAAUGGUGUCCCAGACAGGUCCAGUGCAUGCUCCAGUCUUUGCUGUUGCUGUGGAAGUAAAUGGACUUACAUUUGAAGGCACAGGCCCCACAAAAAAGAAAGCCAAAAUGCGCGCCGCAGAGUUAGCUCUGAAGUCAUUCGUUCAGUUCCCCAACGCCUGCCAAGCCCACUUCGCCAUGGGAAACUGCAUCAGCCCAUCCACGGACUUCACUUCCGAUCAGGCAGACUUCCCAGACACUCUGUUCAAGGAGUUCGAACCAUCCACACACAGCGAGGACUUCUCAGUCUACAACCCCGUCAAUAACGAGCUGCUCUCCACCGCCUACCGACACGGGCGCUUGCUGUGCCACACGCUGGACCUGAUGGGCCACGCCAAGCCGGGCAAGCACCGGAUGGCCAAGGCGGAGAGCGAGAAGAACCCGGUGGUGCUGCUCAAUGAGCUGCGCUCCGGCCUGCGCUACGUCUGCCUCUCGGAGACGGUGGAGAAGCAGCACAUCAAGAGCUUUGUGAUGGCUGUGCGGGUGGACGGGAGAACGUUUGAAGGCUCAGGACGUAGCAAGAAGCUGGCCAAGGGGCAAGCGGCGCAGGCGGCCUUGCAGGCUCUCUUUAACAUUCGUCUGCCCAGCCACAUUCCCAGCAGGAGUAAAUGUCACCAUUUGCCACAGGAUUUCGCUGACUCCGUAUACCAAAUGGUUGCACAGAAGUUCCAGGAACUGACAGACAAUUUCACUUCCAUGCAUGCACGCCACAAAACUCUUGCAGGCAUUGUGAUGACCAAAGGUUUGGACAUCAGGCAAGCUCAGGUUAUUGUGCUGUCAUCGGGUACCAAAUGUAUAAACGGGGAAUACAUAAAUGACCAAGGGCUUGUGGUCAACGACUGCCAUGCAGAAAUUGUGGCAAGAAGGGCAUUUAUUCACUUCCUCUACUCACAGCUGGAGCUACACUUAAGCAAACGGCGAGAAGACUGGGAGCGAUCAAUCUUCGUGCGAUUAAAAGAAGGCGGCUACAGGCUGCGGGAGAACAUCCUGUUCCACCUGUACGUCAGCACUUCACCCUGCGGAGACGCGCGCCUUAACUCCCCCUACGAAAUCACAACCGACUUGAACAGCAGCAAGCACAUAGUGAGGAAAUACCGCGGGCACCUGCGGACGAAGAUUGAGUCUGGCGAAGGGACCAUCCCUGUGCGGUGCCACAACGCGGCGCAGACGUGGGACGGCGUCCUGCUGGGAGAGCAGCUCAUCACCAUGUCCUGCACAGACAAAAUUGCCAGGUGGAACAUCCUUGGGCUCCAAGGCGCUCUGCUCAGCUCCUUCAUCGAACCCAUGUACUUGCACAGCAUCAUUGUGGGAAGCCUGUACCACACUGGUCACCUCUCCCGGGUGAUGAGCCAUAGGAUAGAGGACAUUGGUCAGCUGCCAGCUUCCUACCGGCGCAAUCAGCUGCUUCUCAGUGGGGUGAGCCACGCUGACGCCCGGCAGCCCGGGAAGUCCCCGGGCUUCAGUGUGAACUGGGUUGUGGGGAGCGCGGAGCUGGAGGUGCUCAACGCCACCACGGGCAAGAGGAGCUGCGGGGCUCCCUCGCGGCUCUGCAAGCACGUGUUCUUCACUCGCUGGGCCAAGCUGCACGGCAAGCUGAGCACACGAGUACCAAGCCAUGGAGAGAUGCCAUCAGUGUACAGCGAGGCAAAGCUGGUGGCUCAGACGUACCAGUCUGUUAAGCAGCAGCUGUUUAAAGCAUUUCAGAGAGUUGGCCUGGGCACCUGGGUGAAGAAACCCCCAGAGCAAGAUCAGUUCCUACUAACUGUGUAAAUCCCUCCACACCUUUUCUACACGACUGGAUCAAACCACCUGGAGAGAAGGCGAGGCAGGACGUAUGAGCGGAGACAAUUGAAGCAGUUUGAGAUUUAAUAGCAACCUCCAUGGAAAUAUUUGCUUUUAAUCCUGUAUUGGAAAUACAUAAGUAGAAAUGUGUCUGAUGCACUGAACUCAACUUUAGAAAACCGCUUUUUCAUGAUCCCUUCCCAAGAAUGUACCUGCCCAAAUUAUAAUGCCACCCCCCAUCAAAAUUCUGCUUUUUAUUGUUUAUUGCUGUUGGUUAUUACUGAUUUGAGGUGUUAGUGGGCCACCUGCCUGAUCCAAAAUAGACUUUUGUUUUCUCUUACACAAUCAGUGCAAAAGUCAUCACUGAAUAAUGGAAAAUAGUGAGCAGAGAUGUAAGUACCCCAGGCACACAGCAUGACAGCAGGUCUCAGAGCAUCCAUAAUCAUCCAAAAAAAAGGUUCCUAACCUCUAUGCAAAAAUCAUCCUGUAAACUGCCUAAAUCUGUGACAAAAAAUUUGGACCUCAAAUAAAUGCAGCAUUUUUAAAACUGAUUUUUCCACUGCUGGCUCUGAGCACAAAGCUAGCAUCAGGAUGCCCUUGGUUUUUACACUUAUUCCCUCUGACACCUUGGACAAGCCACUUCACAACAAAUCUUCAACUCUAGUCACAAUUUGCAUGCUGCAAAUUUUACUUGUCUGGCCCAGUUAAUCUCACAUGCCUUUCAGACACCAGCCAGGAUGCAGAUCCUUGUCAAGGGGGCGAUUCACCCCCGUGCUGCCUGCAGGGGUGCGCAGCUCUGCAGGGGCUGCCAGUGAGGAGCAGUGUGACCGUGCUCCUGGCUCAGCUACCUAAGGGCAGGCAGGCUGCAGCAGGACCCAGAGCCUCAGGUCUCUCCUGAUGACCCAGAGCUCUGAAUUAAGUGGGUGUGAGCUCGGGAUGCUCCAUGAAUCUGAACAAUCACCAGGUUGGGUACCCACAAGUAAGACAUCCCCAGACAAGAGAGCACAUUUGUUGCUUGGCUGUUCUCUGCCUCAGCUUCUCCACCUGUUGAAUGGGGAUAAUAAUAACUGCUUCACAUCUAAGGAACUUGGCAGGAUCAAAAUGCUCUGGUCAUAUGCAACAGUGUAAGACAGAUUUUGUCACUCUUGCAGUGAGUUUUACCUCUCCACACAGUCCAAUUGACACAAGCACAGCAGAGGCAACCAGAGGUUUGGGUCUAACUUAACACAUGAGCUUUCAGAUUCUAGCUCUGUGUAAAUGCCAAGUGUUAUUAUUACUCUUCAUGCUCAUCUGCAGCCUGAAAAGCAGAUGGGUUUUUCACUUAGGAGACAAGGAUCACCCAACAUUUAAAUAUUUUCUUCAUAACUGGGCUGGGUCUGAUACAAUCUCGUCUUCGAACCAUCCCAAACCUCAUCAGAAUGCACAGGAUACAGUCAUGGGAGAACUGAGCUUUGGUAGUCCCACUGCAAAACCAACCUUCAAACGCCCUGUACAUUUCUCUAAGUUCCUGGGUUUUUAGAUGACAGGAUUUGCGGGUAUAUAACUACUGUUUUCUUUUUAUUCCUGUGAUUGUCUUUAAAUCUGUAUAUAACAUGCUGCUACUGAUUUGUGAUAAUUGUCUUGGUAUUUUCUCAGACCUGUCAAGCUGAGUUACUUUUCAAACAACACAAGGCUCAUAUUUUUCCAUGUAAUUUCCUUUACACGGGAAACUGUUCCUAUCAAUAAAGAUAGAUGCUCUUUGUAUAGGGUUUAUCAUGUUUGGAGAGCCAUAUACAGUAAAUACAUUGUUUAUUGAUGCCCACAAUAGAAUAGCUACAGUAUUUUGAUGAGAUUUUAUUUUUAGAUUAUAAACUACAAGAUGUAUCUAUAGUGUCUUGUAUAAAAACAAUUGUGAUAAACUAGAAUUUUUAAAUUAGGUAAAACAAAGCUCUCCCCUUCUGGAAACCUUUUCAACAAAAUAAUACAUUCCAUAUUAACUACCAAAAAUAUUUUAAAAAAAUAUCCUUAGAGUAGAAAUAGCUUAAAAAAAAAAAAAAAAAAAAAGGCAACCAAAAACUGAGUCUUUUCAAUAAUGGAAACACUUUGUGGUAACCACUUUGUCAAUACUUUGACCACUUUGACAGCUCUUCUGAUUAACAUUUGAAUACUUUUGGCACCUUCUGGAGCUUCCAGGUACCUGCACAUGGUCCUGUCCUCUAACACAGCUGUCGCUGCAGACCUCCAGUGUGGUUGGGUAGCAGAUGUGCCCGGGGGGAGUGGGCAGGGGCCAGCCCGUGGCUGGAGGUGUGGGAGAGGCUGCAGGAGACAUUGGCUGUGGUGGCCUCCGGGGCUCUGGCUGCUCCCACCAAGGAAGAGAAACCACAGGGCAGCCAGAGAGGAAGACAAGGUUUCUCAUGCAGAGAUCCACAGAGCAGGGGGAAGCAUGUCUUCUGCUUUUCCUCUCUGAGUUAGUCCUUGUCUAGCACACAUGAGACCUCAAUGGCUCUUCCUUACAUCUCCCUGCCCUCACCCAUCCUCCUCCAGCCAUGGCAUGAUUUCAACCCAACUGAUGCAUUAUAGUUCCACCAGGCUGGUGUUGCAGCUACUGUGACAACAAAGCACCACUCCUGGUUAUUUUUAAGGACAUAGAAAAACGUGUGGCAGGAUGAAAUGAUCCUUUGUUGCAGGAAAUACAUAAAUGCAACCCUGGAUUCAGCUGCCAAAAUGAGUUUAGUAGUGGGGACCAAACUGAGUCCCUGCUGCAAGUGGGCAUCAGCUGAUCUCAGUGGAGUUGCACCUGCUGGCACUAGGGUUGAAUAUGACCUUAAAUAUCUACUUCUUCUCAUUAUGUGCAACAACAGCGUGAUGGGACAUCAUCCCAGAAGCACACAUGACUGACACACAGCAUUUCCUGAAGCAAAGGAAAAAUUGCUCAGUAGUAAUUCUUUAGUGAAGAUUCUGUACAUAACAUGCAUGAGUGAAUGGCAAUACUGUACUAAUGGAUGUACAUUUGUAAUAUUUGUAAAAAAAAAUAAACAAAAAAGAUGACAAAAGAAAAUAAAUCCGAAUUUACAUAUGUGAAUUUGCUGCUAAGUUCUGUAAAUUGCACUUCAGUGAUACCUGAUAAGUGAAUGUUUCUGUUAAGUGAAUAAAAUGCCAAGUAAAA